AUGGAAGCUGUUCUUUCCGAGAUUCGAAUACACAAAGAGCUCACCGGUCACCCAGCCAUUCUGAAGUUCAUUGCCGCUGCACAAAUGAAAACACCUACAGGCUGUGCCGAAUUUCUGCUAUUGACGGAAUUGUGUUCAGGAGGCUCUGUUGCUGAUCUUAUGAGAAAUAUUCGUCUAAUACCUGAGCAAGUGCUGAAGGUUUUCUAUGCCGCAGCGAUGGCCGUUUCUCAUAUGCAUACCCAGGUGGUCCCAAUCACCCAUCGGGAUAUCAAGAUUGAAAAUUUAUUAUUUGAUUCGUCUGGUCAUGUGAAAUUAUGCGAUUUUGGGAGUGCCACUGUAGAAGUCUAUGCACCGGAUGAAACAUGGAACGCGGCCCAAAGAACGUGGCUUGAGGAGGAGAUGCAACGGCAUACAACUCCAAUGUAUCGAGCACCAGAGAUUCUUGAUACAUACCAGAACUUUGUCGUCGGCCCCCCACAAGACAUAUGGGCCCUAGGAUGUGUGCUAUUCUACCUCUGCUACCACGUGCACCCAUUUGAAGAUUCGGCUAAGUUACGAAUUCUAAACGUUGUCUAUACUGUUCCGAAUGGUUUUGAGGAAUUCGCGGACAUAUUACCCGUGAUUGAGUCUUGUCUACAAGUGGAUCCACUGAGUCGUCCUACUGCUAAGGAUCUCCUUGAACAGAUAGAAGCACUGGCUGUUGCUGUUGAAGUUGAUCUCAGGAAGCCGGUCUCUGACAUUAAUACUGGGCUGUUGAAGAAAUCACAGACACAGAGAUUCAUAGGCGGCAGCUCUUCAAAUGCAUCAUUGCCACAUCCAUCACGAGUCUCGAUCAUGCCUGAGGAUGUCACAGAGCAUGCAUCUGCCAUGUUUGGUGCUUUGAAGGACCAGGGCUUGUCUCUUUUGAGAAACUUGAGAAAUCGCUCUUCAGCAGUUGUGCAAAAAGUUCAGGCGAAGCUUGUCCCCCAAGAGGUCACGUGGGUUACGUCUCGCAUGUGUGUUGUUCCAGUCACCAGUGCUACAAUAGAGGAAAGUGAUGAAGAUGAAUGGAGUUCUCGUGUUGCUGCAUCCUGUCAAGUGUUUGCUGUUUAUAAUUUAUCUACGAGGUCACUUCGUGUCAACUGCACUGUUGAGCCAAUGGCUUCUGCAAUGAAUUCUUUUUAUUCAAUAGUACCCCCAUCCGUUGAAGGAAUCGUAGAGGUGCUCUUUGAUCGUGCUUCUGCUAGGAGACUUUUUACUCCACAUUAA